GAGGAGAAACCAUGACCAGGAAUAAAAAUCUCAAGGUGGGUAACAGUAACACAAUUGCUUUCAUGGGUUGGACAAUGGAGGAUGCGGUGGAUGUGGUGAGGUACCACCCGAUCCCAUGCCUUUUUGCCCUUUCCCUCCUCUUCUUCAUGGCGGUAGAGUAUACCCUUUUCAUGAUCCCUCCUUCAUCUCCUCCCUUCGAUCUCGGUUUCGUCCUCACCCGCUCCCUCCACCGCUACAUGGCCGAUCGCCCUUCCCUUAACACUUUCCUCGCUGCUCUCAACACGGUGUUUGUGGGAAUGCAAAUGACGUAUAUUCUGUGGACAUUGUUAGUGGAAGCGAGGCCGAGGGCGACCAUAUCGACGCUGUUCAUGUUCACAUGCAGAGGGAUACUUGGGUACUCAACGCAGCUGCCGUUGCCGGAGGGGUUCUUAGGGUCGGGAGUGGAUUUUCCGGUGGGGAAUGUUUCAUUCUUUCUGUUCUUCUCGGGACACGUUGCGGGAUCGGUAAUAGCGUCGCUAGACAUGCGUCGGAUGCAGAGGAAGGAAUUGGCUUGGCUGUUCGACACGCUUAACGUGUUGCAGGGGGUUAGGUUGCUCGGCACUAGGGGUCACUACACUAUUGAUUUGGUCGUCGGUGUCGGUGCCGGCUUACUCUUCGAUUCUUUCGCCGGAAAAUACUUGAAGGAGAGCAAGCGUAGGAGAGCUGCAAAUCCUCUUCAGGUCGAUUUACUCAAGUAAUUAUUAUAAUUUGACUC